GAAAAAGGGUUACUCCUCCUGAGCAGCCUUGAAGGAGAGCUACCUAGCUCGCUAUACGCAUCUAUAAACCCUAAGAUCUCAGAGGCAAAUACAGAGUUGAAGAUCGAUCAGAUCGAUGAAGCGAGGCAGACUGGAGCUGAAGCGGAUCGAGAACAAGAUCAACCGGCAGGUGACCUUCGCCAAGCGCCGAAAUGGCCUCCUCAAGAAAGCAUACGAGCUCUCCGUCCUCUGCGACGCUGAAGUUGCCCUCAUCAUCUUCUCUAACAGAGGCAAGCUCUUCGAGUUCUGCAGCAGCUCCAGCAUGUUGAAAACAGUUGAAAGGUAUGAAAAAUGCAACUGUGGACCACCAGAGACAAGUAUUUCAGCUAAGGAGGCACUGGAACAAAGUAGUUACCAGGAGUAUUUGAAGUUUAAAAUACGUUAUGAUGACCUACGACGAUUGGAAAGGAAUUUCAUGGGCGAGGAUCUUGGCUCUCUUAGCACCAAGGAGCUUGAGUCUCUUGAAAGGCAGGUUGAUCUCUCAUUGAGGCAGAUCAGAUCAACAAGGACCCAGCUUAUGGUUGAUCAACUUUAUGAUCUUCAAAGAAGGGAACAUGUACUUCAUGAAUCUAAUAGGAAUUUGAAAGGAAGAUUGGAUGAAGGAAACCAAGCCAGUGCUCUCCACUGGGAUCCAAGGGCAAAUGUAGCAAGCUAUGACCUGCAGCUAACUCAGCCACAGGGUGAUACAUUCUUUCAUCCAUUAGGCUGCGAGCCAACACUGCAGAUCGGGUACCAAUUGCAAAGAGAGGAGAGGACAGCCGCAGCCACGGCCUCGGGGCCAAGGGUGAAUUACAUGCAAGGGUGGGCAGCAUGAGACCAACAGUACAGCGAUGCCAAUUGCCAAACUAAUGCUUAUAAUAGUCUUCUAACGUAGUAGGACACCACUUCAUCAUUGUAGUUGUUUUUUCUGGGACAAAAGGCAUUACUGUACAACCCAACAGCUUAUGGCUUGGGUCAUUAUUUCACCAGUCUGUACGCGUUCCUUCCUAUUACACUGUUAGAAUGAAAAAAAUGAAACCUCUCUUCUUGAAA